AUGCCCUACGUCCCAGACACCGUCUUGAAUCUUUAUGGAAAGGUCCAGGGCCUCCUCGAUAGGUCAAAGAGAUCAUGGCUUGCUGCGUGCGAGGCAUGGAAUGAGGAGCCGCCAUCCAGGAUUGCGACACCUGCGACUACUACACAGGUACUGGUACGCAAGAAAGGGAUCACAAGGCCAAAAAAGAAGGGGCCCAAGAUUAGCAGCUCGUGCCAUCAGCUUGGGCCGUUAACCAGUAUUUUCGUCAAACCUGCUGAGGUGGCUGUGAUGAGAGCUCAAAGCGUCACAGGGGUGUCCUGCGAUGGCUCGCGGUUGAUUAUCUGGGCCGAUGCUUCGAGAAAAAGGGCCUCUACAGGCUUUGCAGUGGCAUUUCUAGCUGGCUCCUACUGGGUGCGCGUCACCGAAAAAGGGCACGCCACUGCUACGGAAGUUGCAGAACUUGAGGCUAUUUGUCUUGCGCUGGAUUAUGCGGUACAAGUCACCAAAAUGCAGAAUGAAAACGUUGAUCCUUUACGAUCUGUCGAAGUUUUCACUGACAGUCAAUCCGCCUUGAGUCUCCUAAGGGUGAUGAAUAGACUCAUGGUUACCACUGGACCUCACGGAAAUGCACAGGGCAACAAUCCUUACACGAAAAAGGGGAUACAAAAACGAAUAACAGAGAAAGUAUCCGUCAUGAUAGAUGAGCUCUCAAAAGCUGGAGUCGUGGUCGAAUUGCACUGGGUCCCACGAGGCAAAGUCAUUGGCAAUGUCAUUGCUGAUAGAGGAGCAGCGAUGGCAAGAACUGGAUCGACAUCUUGUCAAAGCACCGACGUUCUCGUCGAGUUUCUGCCUGUAGAUGAACAGCAACUCGACAGCGAGCGUGGUAUGAUUCUGUAA